AACGGAAAAACCUUCAGACAGCAGGACACCUGAAGGAGGAGGAGGAAGGCAUCUCCCUCUGUUUAACUCUUCUUUUCUGAACUUAUACAACUCAAACGGGGACAAAAAGCUAGCCGACGACACGCUUGUUAAAUGUUACAACCCGCGCUUUACUUUGCAAACUUCUGACACCAGAACUGAGGCCGUUUUUGUUAGUUUUAAGCUAAUUUUUCGCGGUUUUCCAAAGGAACGUCUGUCCAACGCGUCCUCAGCGUCAACAACGGGAUGAGACCCAAGAAGAAGAACCCUGCCUGUGGUGUGAUAAUCUUCCACACACCUUUACCUGUCAGCCUGUUGAAAUCAGAGGAGGACAUGGCGGGUUCGAGGGACGCCACAGAGAGCAGAAUGACCCGGUCUCAGCCGAGUGCGAGGAAGAGGAGCACCUCUAAAUGUGUAAGAGCAGAGAAAAGAGAAGAGGCCUCGCCAUCUGGGUCACAGCCCAGCAGCAGACAGGACUGGCUCUCUCACACCUCCCUCAGACAGCUGCAGGCAAAGGUGGAGGCUGAAAAUCAACAGGUGAAACAAAUAAUCCAACCUUUACUGGAUACAGAAAAUGGUUUAGUGAAGGAGUUGGAGAGGUUUCUGAGCCAACGGGAUGUGGCAGAGCUGAGGCGGCGGGAGCUGCAGCACAAGCGCUGGACUGAGCGUGUAUGGAUUCCCAUCCAGCGGAGGGUGGAGGAACACGUGUCCAGCUGUAGCCCGGUGGAGCUGAAAAGACGCCAGAGCUUAUACAGUCACUACAUCCAUCACUGCAACGCCAAGGGGUUUGUGUUUCUAGACACAUAUGAUCUAAGAGAAUACAACCCUUUCCUUCUCAACAUCAAAACGCCACACUACCUCAAGCUCAGUACAGCGGACUUCAAAGACCCAUUUUACCUUCAGUUACAUGAAAGCCAGAAGGCAAAGGGAAGAGCCUGUUCUUGUGAAGCAGGAUGUAAAUACAAGCCACCUCAGAAUAAUUGUCCUCUGAGUGAGUCUGCGGCGUCUCAGGCAGACAGUCUCCGACAGGCCUCGUCUAAUUAUGCAGCCUCAUCAUCUCCAGCAAAGGAUGAGACUGGAGGAUGGAAGUCCAGCAGGCUCGACACCAUUCCGUACCACAUCAGAGCAACCACUGCACCAGAUGGAAGGUGCCGUCAGAACAGCUGCUUCUUCUCCAGAUGUGCGAGUCAACAGCAGCCAGCCAGUUUACAUCAGUCCUCGUCUACAUCCAAAUAAAAUCCAGGUUUACCACGAA